CAAAUGGGAUUCACUCCAGACCACUGAGUCUGGGGCAAGAGCCCAGGCAUCAGGACUCCCAAGUCCAAUCAGGGCUGAGUUCCUGGAAAGUGCUAGGAGUAGCCAGAAAUCUGAGAGGGGGAAUGUGCCUACAAGAGCCAUCAUGUCUUCUAGGAAGCUGCUUAGUGAAGGGCCCAACUCUGAUGACCUUGACUCUGCAAGUGAGCUAAACCCAAAGAAGAUCUCUUCUGGUCUGCCUGACUUCAAAAAUUCUGAUUCCUUCCACUGGACCAGGGAGGACAAGACUUAACAGGACUUCAGGCCUUGACCCAUCUCUUCAAAGCAAACAUUGGCACAGGUCUUCUGGGGCUGCCUCUGGCCAUGAAGAAUGCAGGCAUCAUUGCGGGUCCUAUCAGUCUGCUGGUGGUAGGUGUCAUGAUUAUACACUGUAUGGACAUCCUAGUGAGGUGUGCUCACCACUUCUGCCACAGGAUGCAAAAGCCCUUUGUGGACUAUGGAGAUACUGUGAUGUAUGGGCUGGAAGCCAGUCCCUUCCUCUGGCUUCGUACCCAUUCCUUGUGGGCAAGGUACCUCGUGAGGUCCUUGCUUAUCAUUACUCAGCUGGGUUUCUGCAGUGUGUAUUUUUUGUUUCUGGCCGACAACUUUAAACAGGUGACAGAAACCGUUUCCAUCAGCAACAAAUGCCAGCAAAAUAAGACGACAGUGGAGACGCUGCCUUACCUUCAUUUGCACCUCUACAUGCUCACCUUCCUACCUUUUGUGAUCCUUCUGGUGCUUUUCCAUGACCUCCUGAUGCUAGCCAUCUUCUCCACUGCAGGCAAUACUGCCAUCCUGGGGAGUAUGGCCUUGAUCUUCAGUUAUAUUAUACAGGACAUACCGAAUCCUAAGAACCUGCCCUGGUCAGCAAAUUGGCAGACAUACGCCCUGUUCUUUGGUACAGCCGUGUUUUCACUUGAAGGCAUUAGCGUGAUUCUCCCUCUUGAAAACCAAAUGAAGUAUCCUAAUCAUUAUGUUGUGAUCCUGUACAUGGUGAUGCCCAUCAUCAUUAUUCUCUAUGUCAGCCUGGGAAUCCUGGGCUACAUGAAAUUUGGAGAAGACAUUCAGGCCAGCAUAAUCCUCAACCUGCCCAACUGUUGGUUAUAUCAGUCUGUCAAGAUUCUCCAUUCCAUUGGGAUUUUUUUCACCUACGCCUUGCAGUUCUAUGUUCCUGCAGAGAUCAUCAUCCCCCUUGUCAUGUCCUGGGUACCAGAACAAAAUGAAUUGUUGGUUGACUUGUCUGUCUGUGCAUUCAUGGUCUGUAUGACAUAUGUAUUUGCCAUGUUGAUCCCCCAAAUGGAGCAGAUUACUGUGCUGCUGGGUUCUGCGAGUUGUAGUGUUCUGGCUCUGAUCAUCCCACCACUCCUGGAGAUCUGUACCUAUUACUCAGAUGGCUUAAGCUCCUUCAUCAUUAUUAAGGAUCUCUUUAUCAGUAUCCUGGGCAUUCUUGGGUGUAUAAUGGGAACCUACCAAGCCUUCUAUGAAAUAAUCCACCAGAACUUUUUCAGUUCCUCACAAAAUGUCACCAAGGACUUUGUGUAAUUUUCUACUUUCCAUUGAACAUCUUUCCUCUCACCCCACAUUCCCAUACUUGGAUUUUAAAUUGUUAUUAUACACACCUCCCUCUUGAAUUCCUGCUGUGUGUCAGUGAUUUUUCCUCUUCUGGGUGAAGCUUAAAACCUAGACUCUAGAUGUUAGCACAAUACUAUGAGAGACAAAGCAAUAGAGAUU